AUGGCUGUUGGCAAGUUCGUUUUACUCUUUCUUAUACCUUUAACUGCAAAAUGCGCUCUUAUUUCAGCCACUGCAAUUGAUCUCCGGAUUGUUGGCGGCUAUAGCGCCGCUCCUGGUCAGUUUCCCUAUCAAGUGUCAAUUCAAACACCUGAAUAUGUGCACGAUUGCGGAGGAUCCAUUGUCAGUGCCUCCUGGAUCUUGACUUCGGCUGUCUGUGCUCGCACUAAAGUGGUCGGAGAAAGCACUGCAGUUGUGGGAAGUCACUUGAUAAGUGACACAGGAAGUCGAUAUGACUUGGAGAGAAUUGAGAUUCAUCCUGAUUACAGCUCCAAGGCUUUUCAGCAUGAUGUUGGUUUGAUGAAGACUGCAACACUGAUUGUUUUCACUGACCUCGUCCAGCCGAUCAGAAUUGCAACGACUAAAGUCAUGGGAGACAUCGAAGCCAUCGCUUCAGGCUGGGGAACUCUGGCAUAUCCAGGCGCUCAGGCUGACAACUUACAAUACCUCCCGGUGACCAUCAUUGACAAUGAACUCUGCAGCACUCUGCACACCUCGACCAACGCUGCCAAGCUCCAUUCCGGCGCCAUGUGUGCGCAGCCCGUGAGAGGAACUGGCAUGUGCGUGGGCGACACAGGAUCACCGCUCGUGACCAAGAUCGCUUCUGGCUACGUGCAGAUCGGAGUGGUUUCCUGGGGUGUUCCUUGUGGCGCCAACUAUCCCGACGUCUACACGCGACUCUCGAGCUACAGCGACUGGAUAGCAAAUACCUCUGACGCCUUCUUCAUCGAAAAGAUGCAGUAA